ACCACAGACACAGAGAUCUCCAUCUCUCCAGUGCCCAGCUGUGUGUCCAUGAAGAGUGAUGUGUCCAUAGAUCUUCCGCCCACCUUCAGCAGUGAACCAGUUCCAUCAGGUCUAAAACCACAGACUCCCAGACCUCCAUCUCCAGUGCCCAGCUGUGUGUCCAUGAAGAGUGAUGUGUCCAUGUUGGAUAUGCCCACCUUCAGCAGUGGACCAGUUCCAUCAGGUCUAAUCCCACAGAGACACAGACCUCCAUCUCCAGUGCCCAGCUGUGUGUCCAUGAAGAGUGAUCGGUCCAUGUUGGAUAUGCCCACCUUCAGCAGUGAACCAGUUCCAUCAGGUCUAAUGUGA